AUGGCCUCCCUCUCACCCGUCAGCUCCACAGUCACAUGGCGCGGACCAGCCAGCAGAGCAGACAUCGACCUUGAUGCUCUGUACCUGGACGGCGGGAAGAACGAAAGCAGAGAUUUACCCUGGCGAGAACGCUUGAAACACUUCACUAUCCCAUGGUACCUCUUGACAAUGUCUACUGGAGGUCUCGCUGGUCUGUUGGCUUCCCAACCGCAUGCUUUCAGAGGUCUCUUUACCAUUGGAAAAACCAUUUUCAUCUUUGAUCUCGUCUUGUUCAUCAUCAUUACUGCUCUGCAAAUCCAUCGAUUCGCCCGUUGGCCACACAUGUUCAUGACGGCGUUGAAAAAUCCUGCGGAAGCCUUAUUCGUGCCGUCUCUCGUACUGAGUCUGGAAGGGAUCAUAUCUGGUACUCAAGCCUUUGGCGGUCCGUCGACUGGAACAUGGCUCUAUGUGACGGUCUACGUUCUGUUCUGGAUUUACGUUGCUCUAGCCAUACUCUGCGCCCUUGCGGUCUACUCUUACCUCUUUACUGCGAGACGAUUGACCGUUCAUUCCAUGACGCCCGCUUGGUUGCUACCCAUCUUGGCCUGUAAUCUCACCGGCGCGCUUGCGGGAUCCCUCGCAGCGGGUCAAACGCCUUUCCAUCGAGUACCUCUUCUUGUUGCUGGUUUGACCCUUCAAGGUCUUGGAUUUUGGGUCUCCAUCCCAUUAUUAGGAGUCUGGAUCACACAUCUCAUGUCGGACGGUCUACCCAAAGCAGCUACUCGACCGGGCAUGUUCGUUGCGGCUGCUCCGGCGGGGUAUACAGCCUACGCGUUGCUACACAUGGCAAAUGCCAUUCCUCUAAAUGAAUCCUAUUUCGCCAGACAUGACCACGCCAAGGAAAUGAUUAAGACGAUGGCGCUCAUCUUCUCAGUUUUCAUCUGGUGCAUGUCGUUCUUUCUCUUCCUUGUGGCUCUGGUGGCCAUCGUCUCAGCUACGAUCGACAGACAAAUGUCCUUUCAUCUCACUUGGUACUCGUUCGUCUUUCCGAAUAUCGGGUUCACCCAAGCUACCAUCUCCAUUGGACAGGCUCUCGACAGUCAGGCCGUCACUUGGGUCGCAACGGGAAUGACCUUGAUCUUGGUGACCGUAUACAUCUUUGUAUUGCUAGCUCAUAUACGAGCGGUGUGGAAGAGACAGAUCUUAUGGCCAGGAAGGGAUGAAGAUGCGGAGUGA